AUGAUAGAACAGCAACCUUCGAAUGGAGGCAAGCUUGAUGCUGCAAAUCCAUAUUUUCUUCAUCAUUUCGAUCAUCCAGGAAUGGUGCUUGUUUCCAAAUCCCUCAAUUGGGAUAAUUAUUCGAUAUGGUAUAGAGCCAUGACGAUUUCUUUGAAUGCCAAAUCCAAGUUAGGUUUCAUAGACGGGACCACCACAAUGCCGUCUGCCACAGCCAAACCAAACGACUAUGCUUCGUGGAAAAAAUGCAACGAUAUGAUCCUCUUUUGGAUUCUCAAUUCACUCACACAGGACCUUGUAGACAGUGUUAUUUUUUCGACCACCACCCAGGAGAUGACUGUUGCAGCUUAUUACACAAGGCUAAAAAAAUUAUGGGAUGAACUAGGAUCCUAUAAUGACACCGUUUGCUCUUGUGCGGCAGACCAUAAGAGACGCAGAUUGAUGCAAUUUCUCAUGGGACUCAAUAAGUCCUACAGUGCAAUCAGAGGGCAAAUUCUGUUGAUGAAUCCACUACUUGAUAUUGCCAAGGCUUACUCUUCCAUUAUACAAGAGGAGAAGCAGCGAAGCUUGGGGGUUGCAUAUGAGAGGACGAAGAACUCAUCCAUGGUUGUUCGAAGGGUUGAACUGGUGGCUCUGGCUGGUAAAGGGACAACACAAUCCGCCAAUCCUAAAGCUAAUGUUGCUUCCUCAGUUGCUAUGCCAAGUGGAGAACAGGCUCUGAUUACAUCCAUUGGGAAUUUACCUUUGAAUUCUGCUGUUACUUUAAAAAAUGUGCUUGGUGUGCCAUCUUUUAAGGACUUGACGACGAGGACCACGAUUGGUUUGGGUGAACAACGAGACGAACUUUAUUACUUGGUUGCGUUAGUGUCAGAGAAGCCAAAACCUCAAACUCCAUCCGCAGCAGCCACUUCUUGCCGUUCACCCAGUUCUCAGUCUAAUAAUGCUUGUGAUGUUUGUGCACUUGCAAAACAAAGUCGACUUCCAUUUUCUGUUAGUUCAAUGUUGUCUGUUAGACCUUUUGACUUAAUUCAUUGUGACAUUUGGGGCCCCUAUAAAAUUGCCUCUCUUUCUGGUGCGAAAUAUUUUUUUACUAUUGUGGAUGAUUAUUCUAGAUUCACAUGGUCCAUUCCAUCCACUUCCUCAAAUUCAACCCCUGUGAUUCCUCUUUUUGUAUCUGAUCCUUCCCCACCAGUCCAACAACCCUCACCACCAGAACCAAUUUCUCCUGCCCAACAACCCUUACCACCAAAUGUAGCUUCUCCUCAGCCAUCACCUACUAGUCCUCCUCCCGAACCCAUUUUACGCUGCUCUCAAAGACCUCAUCACCCUCCCAUGGCUUUACGUGAUUUUUUCUGCAACCAAGUAACAUGUCCCAACCAUUUGCCGCCUUUGUCAUCAAGUCCAUAA